AAAAGUAGUACGCCCCUUUGCACCACCGCCGACCGGAUCGGCCGGUGCCUAUGUCGGAACCCUAAGUUUAAUCCUCCUGGAAGACGAUGAGGAAGCCCCAUGGCGUCGUCGACAGAUUCCCGAUCAAUCCCAAGUGGGUGGUGCUCCUGCUCGUGAUCCCUCUCCUUGCGCUCUUUCUCCUACUCAUUGGAGCCCUCGGCCCCCUCAAACCCCACAAUCCCUCCGAUCUCGGCCGAGCCUCUGGCGCCCUUCGACCGCCGAAGCCCCCGCGCCUGGCCUACUUGAUCUCCGGAACUCAAGGCGACGGUCGCCGGCUCAAGCGGCUCCUCCAGGCCGCGUACCACCCGUGGAACUUCUACCUCCUGCACCUCGACCGCACUGCGCCGCCCGAGGAGCGGGCCGAUCUGGCGACGUACGCCGCGUCGGAAGCCACCUUUGUCCAGUUCGGCAAUGUUCGAAUGGUAGAGGACGCAGAUCCGGUGUCGCAGAAGGGGCCGACCAUGAUUGCUUGUACCCUCCAUGCGGUGGCCAUUCUGUUGAGGGAGUUCGAGGAUUGGAGCUGGUUCAUCAAUCUUAGCGCCGCGGAUUACCCUCUGAUGCCCCAAGAUGAUAUUCUUCAUGUUUUUUCAUACUUGCCAAGGGAUUUCAACUUCAUUAAGCACACAAGCGAUAUUGGCUGGAGAGAGUAUGAGAGGGCAAGACCUAUCAUCGUAGAUCCAGGGUUUUACAAGCCAAGUAGAACAGACAUAUUUUGGGCUAAAGAAAAGAGGAGCAUGCCUUCUGCUUUCAAAAUAUUUGCAGGCUCCUCAUGGGUGAUCCUUGCACGGCCUUUUCUUGAAUUUUGCAUCUGGGGAUGGGAUAAUCUCCCCAGGACGUUACUCAUGUACUAUACAAAUUUCUUGUCAUCCUCGGAGAGUUACUUCCAUACCGUGAUAUGCAACUCCCAAGAUUUUCAGAAUACCACGAUCAAUGACGAUUUGCGUUUCAUGAUGUGGGACGAUCCACCACGUUUGCACCCAAUGAAUCUGACAUCAGAGCAUUUCAAUCUGAUGGCAGAGAGCGGAGCCCCUUUUGCACACUCUUUUUCUAGGGAGGAUCCUGUUCUUGACAGGAUUGAUGACGAGUUGUUGCAGAGAUCCGCAGGUCGAUUUACCCCAGGUAAAUGGUGCUUGGCAAAUCCUGAGUUUGGCACCGAUCCUUGUUCUGUCCGUGGAAGACCCAGCGUCAUACAGCCGACAGUAAAUUCCAGAAGGCUGGAGAUGUUGUUGGUGAAGCUUCUGGAUCCCGAUGAUUUCAGGCCUAGGCAAUGUAUAUAACUCAACAAUGUCACACACCAAUCUUGUAGCUGGACACAUUCACAGAUCACAAGGCAGCUCUUGUUGUAGGUAUUUUGUAAACUGGAAAGGCACAGAAAACAUCUGCUGUUUUGAUGUUGAUGGUUUAUAGUUAGUCCUCUUUCGUGGUAAAGAUUGUGUAUCUAUCGGAUAUCUGAUCCUCGACACUUUGGUGAACAUUUUGAUGUACAAUUUGCUUAUGAUUAAAUCAAUACAUGUCCUAUUCUCUCCUCU